AUGACACCAUUAAUGUUUGCGGCUGAGAGAGGACACCUGGAGGUGGUGACAUACCUGGUCACUCACGGCAGGCAGUUAGACGCUACAUCCACCUUGAAUGGAAUGACACCAUUAAUGUUGGCAGCUAUAAACGGACACCUGGAGGUGAUGACUUACCUGGUCACUCACGGCAGUCAGUUAGACACUACAGACAAGUAUGGAGAAACAGCUUUACAUUAUGCUGCUAGGAAUGGAUGGAUUGAUGUAACAAAAUGGUUAAUAGAUCAAGGAUGCAGUCCUUGGGUGAAAUCAAAACAGGGUAAGACUCCUUAUGAUCUGGCAAUAUCAGGGUAUGGUUCUGAAGAGAAGAAGAAAGAAGUGAUAGACUUCCUUAAGUACCUUGACGAUUAUGUGAAAUUGUUUCCCCCAGGUAUAUAUAAUCAACCUUGUGAAUUGAGUUCACAUCAAAGGAGAUUGUCAUUCGACAAGUAG